AUGGUGUCAUAUCUAAUCAUACAUUUAGAUAUAGGCAUUCCCUGUCUUAGUCCAUCAGCCUACAACUACAUUGCACCAGAAUCUGUUACCCCUGAGUGCUGUCGAGUUGAUGACAUUGUUGAUAGGACCUUAUUUCAAAGGUAAUUAGUUUCACUAUAAAGCAGUAAAAAUAUUUCACCUCUAAGGUGACCCCUAAAGGUCUUAACCAUUUUCCAACGUGUUCACUUUGAUCAUUCAGCACUACCACUCUUUAUCAGUUACUGUUAUAGUAAUGGUAUGACACAAAUGCUCAAUCAUCAGUGAGCAAGUGAUAAUUUUUGUGCCAUAAGUGGUUACCAUAGCAAAAGUAUAACCCCUUAAAAAUACCCUUAAUGUUAGGUUGGGGUAACCAUGCGUUUUUGGAGAUAGUCGAGCUUUAAUCUGGAACAAAAAUGCUGAUUCAGCAUUGCUUCAAAAAACAAUAUGUAUAUUUCAUUGCAGAUUUCCUGAGAAUUCGCCUUUUUGCCAUGCACAAAACUAACACUUAAUAUAUAAACAGUAACACAACAGGGACUUUUCAUAUGAUUUUAAUCUAAAAUCAUGACAAUGGCAUAUAAGGAAGUGAACCUUUUUCCCUCCACACCAAAAUAAUAUCAAUGAUGGAGUCUGAAAGAUGGUCACUUCCAAUUUGACUGAACCUUGAACUUUUGUGUGCUUGUUUUCAUAAAUCACAGGUGA